AGGAGGCGGAGUCGGAAACGCGCAGCAGCGUCGGUCCGUCGUGUCUGCGGCUCCGCUGCUUCUCUCGCCUCCGUCUUGGUUAUCGGAUUCUCCGGGGAGCGACUUUUUCCUCCAGCCCGCAGGAAAGCGGUGGAUCUUCUGCCUCACGGACUGACGGACCCGGCGGGCGGCGCGGCGGGGACAGACGUGGUUCGGCUGCUUCUCGCUCCGGUGCGGUUGAAAAACCCGGACGAGGCCCGAAGUGUGCGCGGAGCCUCCGCAGGCCUCCGGCACGGACUCCUGCGUUCCCCUGGAAAAUGGACGGAUUCACCGGCAGUUUAGAUGACAGUAUGUCCGGAGCGAGUGUCUCUGAUGUCAACGAUCGUCUGUCUGCUCUGGAGCUUCGUGUCCAGCAGCAGGAAGAUGAGUUGACUGUCAUGAAAGCGGCGCUUGCUGAUGUCCUUCGUCGCCUUGCAGCCUCUGAAGACUCCGCUGCUUCUGUGACCAAAAAACUUCCAGGAGGAAAAGGUGGUGGUGCUGCACUGCGAGAAGCCUACUCCAUGUCCUGUAUCACUAAUGGAGGAACAUCUGGACGAAAGAGAGACUCCACAUCUGUCACCAGGAAGGAGACGGUGUCGUCCGCUGCCAAGAGUGGAGCAGAGAGGAAAAAAGAGGUGAGCAGCCAGCGGUCUCAGAUGGAGGAGAUCCAUGAGCGUGAGGAACCUCCUCACCCAAAGGAUGUGUCCCCGUGUCCCUCAUCCCCCCACCCUCCACAGACCUCCCUGACCCCCCAGCCACAGAGGCCGCCCCCGGCUGGCGACAGCAGUAAAGUCCACAGUCCUCUGAAAAGAGGGCCCAGUGUGAAGCGCUCCUCAGGUAUGGAGCGUUCUCAGAGCAGCACGUGGGAGAGUUCAGACGACAACAGGAACAAACUGGUCAAAGCUGCUUCCACAUCCAGACUCCUCGCUAAGGUGGUGAAGACCGCCGAGAGACACAAAGAUCCAGUGGUCAGUCAAGCCAAAAUGUCUACCCGAGAGAAAAACAGCCAAGCUGAGGGAAAUCACAUCAAGAUGUUCAUGCGUGGUCGACCCAUCACCAUGUUUAUUCCGUCAGACGUGGAGAACUACGACGACGUUCGGACAGAACUUCCAUCAGAAAGACUAAAGUUGGAGUGGGUAUAUGGUUACCGUGGCAGAGAUGGCAGAGCGAACGUCGACCUCCUUCCUACUGGAGAGAUUGUGUACUACAUCGCCUCCGUUGUAGUUCUAUUUAACUACGAAGAACGAACUCAGAGACAUUACCUCGGACACACCGACUGUGUCAAGUGUUUGGCCAUUCAUCCUGAUAAGAUCCGGAUCGCUACAGGACAGAUCGCAGGAGUGGACAAAGACGGACGAGCGCUGCAGCCUCACGUUCGUGUCUGGGACAGCGUCAGCCUGUCGACGCUGCAGGUCGUCGGUUUGGGAACAUUUGAGCGAGGCGUCGGCUCGCUGGCCUUCUCUAAAGCUGCCUCUGGUCAUCACCUGAGUGUGAUUGACGACUGUAACGAUCACAUGUUGACGGUCUGGGAUUGGCAGAAGAAGUCAAAGAUCGCUGAAAUCAAGACCACUAACGAGGUGGUCCUGGCUGUAGAGUUCCAUCCCACCGACCCCAACACCAUUGUCACCUGUGGAAAGUCUCACAUCUUCUUCUGGACCUGGAGCGGGAACUCGCUGGCUCGUAAACAGGGAAUCUUCGGGAAAUACGAGAAGCCGAAGUUUGUCCAAUGCCUGUCCUUCUUGAGCAGCGGAGACAUCCUGACUGGAGACUCUGGAGGAGUCCUGCUGGUCUGGACCAGGAGCUCUGCUGAGACUCCCACUGGAAAGGGACCCAGAGCGUUUCAGAUCAGUCGGCAGGUCAAAGGUCAUGAGGGGAGUGUCUUCUGUAUGUGUGAGAUGAGAAGCGGCACUUUCCUGACAGGAGGAGGAAAAGACCGAAAAAUAAUACUGUGGGAUCACGAACUGAGAUUCGAGCGAGAUAUCGAGGUCCCUGAUCAGUAUGGAACCAUCAGGGCAGUGUCCGAGGGAAAGGUUGAGGAGUUUCUGGUUGGAACUUCUCGUAACUUCAUCCUCAGAGGAACAUUCAACGAAGGCUUCCUGGUGGAGGUUCAGGGACACACAGAUGAGCUGUGGGGUUUGGCGUCUCACCCGUCCAGAGACAUGUUUCUGACGUGUGCUCAGGAUCGACUCGUGUGUCUCUGGAAGUCCGACGAUCAUCGUCUGCAGUGGAGCCGCUCGCUGGAGGAACAUGGACACUGUGCAGACUUCCAUCCCAGCGGAGCUGUGGUCGCCAUAGGAACACACUCAGGAAAGUGGUACGUUCUGGACGCAGAGACCACCGACCUGGUGGCGAUCCACACCGACGGGAACGAGCAGCUGUCAGUGAUGCGUUUCUCUGUAGAUGGAAGUCUGCUCGCUGUUGGAUCACAUGAUAACUUUAUAUACCUCUACACCGUCUCUGACAGAGGACGCAAGUACAGUCGAUACGGAAAGUGUUCGGGUCAUUCCAGUUACAUCACUCACCUGGACUGGUCACCUGACAACAACUUCAUCAUGUCCAACUCUGGAGACUAUGAGAUCCUCUACUGGGACGUUCCAAACAGCUGUAAACUCAUCAGGAAUCGUUCAGAGUGUAAAGACAUCGACUGGGCGACGUACACCUGUGUCCUGGGAUAUCACGUGUUCGGUGUGUGGCCUGAAGGCUCAGAUGGAACAGACAUCAACGCUCUAAUCAGAUCUCACAACAGGAAAGUUCUCGCUCUUGCUGACGAUUUCUGCAAAGUUCAUCUCUUUUCUUUCCCCUGUUCCACCCCCAAGGCUCCGAGCCACAAGUACAGCGCCCACAGCAGUCACGUGACCAACGUCAGCUUCCUGUGUGACGACCGUCACCUGAUCUCCACGGGGGGGAAGGACACGAGCAUCAUGCAGUGGCGUCUGGUGGAGAAGUCUCCGCUCUGUCUUAAUGACAGCCUCCUCACUAGCCCCGCCCUCCGCCGGGCGGAGCCUACCUUCGCUCCACCCCCUCCCACCACAGUCGCACAGGAACCCGACGCUCCCCCGACAACCAACGGGACCCAAGAACCCUCCCCGGAAACUCCGUCCCCCAUUGAGCUAGUCCCCCCCACAUCAGAGUUAACCCCGCCCCCCUCAGACAGCACAGUGAGUCUGAUAGACAGCCUGGAGCCAAGCGAUGAUACGGCCACGCCCAGUGACGAGGGGCUGCCCCCCCUCCCCCCCCCCUUAUAGAGUCCCUGUGUGUGUGAGUGUUGGUACAUCCAUCUUUGUGAGGACCCGGCUGAGCUGAACACCUUCAGUCGUCAGUCGGUGAUGAAAACGUCUGUUUGAGGCUCUUGGUUCAAAUUCAGUCACUUCAACAAAAAUUAAAAACCAGUUGCCAACAAACGUCCAAUCAGAGAGCAGAGUCAGAACGUUCACUGUUCUUUACUGGAUUCACUGCAGCUGAUCACUUCUGCUGCUGUGAUGUCGUAAGUGUCACUAACUCUGCGCCGAGUGUUGUUGGGCAGGAAUUACACUUUUCUUUAAGGGUCCUCACAAGUGUAGAAGUACAAACGUGUGUGUGUGUGUGUGUGUGUGUGUGUGUGUGUGUGUGUGUGUGUGUGUGUGUGUGUGUGUGUGUGUGUGUGUGUGUGUGUGUGUGUGUGUGUGUGUGUGUGUGUGUGUGUGUGUGUGUGUGUGUGUGUGUGUGGACUCAAACCUGUGGCUGCAGAGUCACAUGGUUUAUUUCACCAAUCAGCUGUUUGGUUUGAACAAACAUGUGAUGUCACAGUUUGAAAGUGGAGGAGGGGCCACCUGUCACACCUUCAUCAUAGAGAUCACGUGUCCAGGUGUGUUUCUGUCUGUGUGACAGGGGGCAGCAGAGAUCAGAGGACGGUGAGAACAACAAGGAGGUGAAGAAGAAGAGAUGACAAAAUCGGACAGGUGUGUCACAUGACUUUGUAUUUACCAACAGGAAGUGAAACCUGAGUCUUAACUGUCUUUUAUUUCUCUUUAAUUGUGUUAUACAAUUUUUACCUUAAACCUAUAUUGAUUUUUGAUUCCUUACAAUUAUUGAUGGAAGGAAUCUUGUAACAUUAGCUGCAAACUGUAAAUUCUCAAAGCGUUGAACUUUUUCUAAAAACAGAAACCGACUUUCAUGAACUUUUAUUUUGUCAAACCACCAAACUCAUAAUUCAAGUCCUCGACUUCUGGAGGCUUUUAAUGUGAAAUAACAUGGAAAUAAAAGUGUCUGUUUCUCACUUGAUGGAUGAAGACUGUAACACGAACAAGUGGGAGGAGAGAAGUUAACAACCACUCCAACAAUGCAUUUCCCUAAGGAAUAGCCAAUUGCAGAGCUUCACAUUCAAUCUGUCAGAACCUUCCUCAAGUGAGAAUCAGUCCAGAGGCUCUAGAUCGGAAUAACUAAACAGGAAGGGAACAGGAAACAUGGAACCUCCAGAGUAAAAGCUGUGACUGACAUGUUUUGUUUUUAAUAAUCACACAUAAUUGACCGAAGUUGAUCAGAGUGAGACAUAUCCCUCUGACAGGAUCUGUGUUUGUAUAUACUGCACGUCUGUGUAUAUUUCUGCUCAUCACCGGGGGCAGCAGCUCGUCAGCUACACUGUAAAAAUAGAUCCAACACUCAGCCAAUCAGAUCCCAGGACACUCAAGAUCCUGUCCUUUAAAUGUCUGGUUGUCUCACCCAGUGACUGCUCAUUGUUUUACUCUCUUCAGGACCAUUUCUGCUCAAAUAUUUUCUGAAUGUGGUGGUGGUGGUGGUGACGUCACUGUGGGGGCGGGGCUGUCAGGGGAGGGGCAUUGGUUUACAGGUGGUUUUAUUAUUAUUUUUUGCCUUUUUAAUACUCGUCGGUUAAUCUCCAUCUUUUCUAUGCUCGUCUCUGAAGGGCUUGUACAGAUUCAGGGAUUUACCUGGACAUACAGGUGGGGGCGGGGCCAUGGCAUGUGAACAGAUUGUGGGGGGCGGGACCAGAGGGAGUGAACAGCUGUUGUGGGGGCUUGUCCAUCUGAUGUGAACAGCGGUUUGUUGGGAGGUGGGGUUAGUGCGGGGCUUUGAGAGUUCCUGGUUUAAAGUGUUUGUAUCUGUGUUCAGUAACGACAUUGAUAUUCAUGUGACUGUUUUGAGCCAAUCAUGUCUUCUCUCAUGCAUUCCUGUCAGACGACAGACUGUACUGAAGAUUUCAGCAAAAAAAGUGCAAAUAAAUGCUUUGAAAAAACAAUAAA